GAUCAGAUACCGUCGUAGUACCGACGGUAAACGCUGCCGACCGGGCCGCGGACGAGGCUCGAGAACAGCGGUUAUGGACCCGUCCGUGGCGGCUUCGGGCAACCUGAGAGUUUACGGGUUCCGGGGGUAGUAUGGUCGCAAGGCUGAAACUUGAAGGAAUUGACGGAAGGGCACCACAAGGAGUGGAGCCUGCGGCUUAAUUUGACUCAACACGGGGCAACUUACCCGGUCCGGACAUCGUCAGGAUUGACAGACGCUCGUGCAGUUCUUUCUCGAUUCGAUGGGUGGUGGUGCAUGGCCGUUCGUGGCUGGUGAAGUGAAAAGUCUGGUUUAUUCCGCUAACGGGCGAGGCCUCGCCCUUAACUAGUCGGCUCGUGGUUCUCGAAUCGUAGUCUCCCUUCGGGGAGCAGGGAGAACAUCGGGCGAGUCGCAGCGAUCGUCGCUACUUCUUAGGGGGAUCCCGAGCAAGCUUAAGCUAGGUGAGAGAGAUCAAUAACAGGUCAGUGAUGCCCUUAGAUGUCCGGGGCCGCACGCGCGCUACACUGAAGACGAAAGCGCGAGUGCCUACGGUCUUGGUUUGGUCAGGCCGGGAACCCGCCCCGAGAGGGGAGGUUGGGGCUGUUCCUUCACGGGGGCAGUCUCGCCUACUGCGGGUUAACCGUGCCAAUCGUCUUCGUGCUGGGGAUCGGGGCUUGCAACUCAGCCCCGGAACGAGGAAUU